ACGUGCUCUGGUUGGUAUUACGAAUACGAAUUGCUCAUAUCCUCACAUCUGUCAACCUGUCAGCCCUUCAGCCAUUCGAGCGGCAGUUUCAAAUUUCAAAACAUCAGGGAAAGUUAGCAAUGUUUUUGGUCGCAACUCGGGGCAAAUAAUUUUGUUCUUGGAAGUUAUUUUGAGGAAGGAUAAUUUUUAUUAAAUAAUUAUAUCGUAGAAAAAGAAAUGCAUCGUUCUAUAAGAUGCCUGCAAUUUGCUUCAGCGUCUGCUACGUCGAAACUGUUGAAAGCCACCAGCACUGCAUUUCUGUCUAUUCAACAUGAGUCAACCUCUGGCAAAAAAGGAGGACCUUUCUUUCCUCCAGCGCGACCAACAGGACCAAACCCAAAAAAGGAAGAGGAAGUGGCCAAGAAACUGAGGGCUAAAACACCAAUUGGCAAACUAGAUGAGCCGGAGGAAGGGGCCAAGCACCCACAUCAAGAAAAAGAUCCAUUGCCUCCGUUUCCCAACAACACAAAUCCAAAUACUGGUGAGGUCGGAGGUCCUCGAGGGCCGGAACCUACUAGGUUUGGCGACUGGGAGAGGAAAGGACGAGUGUCAGACUUUUAGGUCAGCAGAGGAUUCGGAUGCCGGCGAUCGAGAUGGGCAUGCUGCGAUUGCGGUGCUGCUUCGGACAACAACUGACUGACUUGAUUGUGAAUAGAAGAAGCGCCGGCCUCCGUUCGAUCCCUUUCCCCGCCGCCGCCUACUUCGAGCAGACGUUCUCUGCACCCCAAACCCCGAAGCGCCAGAUUACACCAAAGUAAAUACACAGCUUUAAUCUCUACAAUAUGUUUUAGCCAAAGUUUUUAUGAAUGUGAAUGUAAUCUGGAAUUUUCAGCUAGUAA